GUUCCUCAGCCUUUCUGAACCAUACACUCCCAGCUCAGGUUCCCACUCACAUUUUUUAGAAAAUCAGUCAAGGACAGCAUUUUGACAAAUCCGGUCAACAGCUUGAAGUUUAUAUCGCUUCUAAGAAGCAAGAUACCCAGCACAAAAAUAGAACAGAAAGAGCCCUUUGAAAGGGCCUCCCCUGUCAUCCAGACUCUUGGCCUCCCAGGGUCCCAAAGGAUGUACUCUGCUUUGUCAAUUCAAGGUCUCCUCCACUGGGAAGAGAUAGUCAUCCUUCCCUCCCUCAUAAACAGUCUGGAGAAGGCAUUUCUGCCACCUUAAUCUCAUAAAAGCCCCAGUUAGCCAAAGGCUUGGUCACAACCGGCCCAAGAUGAAGGAUUCCCUUCUGGGUUUGCUCCUGCUCCUGUCAGCAAUGGUUGCUGUGCUGAGAGCAGAGCCCCCCAAGAAGGGGCAAUCGGAUGCCGACGCCAUGCCACUACCAACUCUGCCCAAGAGCCUGGUGGCCCAGGACCAGAGGAGGGAGAGGUCGGAGAAGUCGCCAGAGCUUGCUGACCCAGAUGGGGUGAAUCCUCAUGAUGGAGCGUCAUCCCCGAGGAGCCAAAAGACCCCUGGGAGUGAAGUGUACCUCCCUUGGCCCUUGUUUGCCCGGGACAGCGGCACCUCAGAUCUAUGGACUGGAACUAAGCCCCACCCUUGGCCCUUGGGAGGCCUAACAAACCCGGUGUGCUGGGUAAAAGUAGGCAAGGGGGGCGAAGGGGGCACAGACCCCCUUCAGGUGGUGGGGGCUCUGAGUGGCUACGAGAGGGGCUUUGUGGAAGCUCUGAGGCAGGCCCGCUGGGACAGACGGGACCUGGCUGCCUUCGGGAUCUGCCCCAUGGGGGGCACAGGAGUAGCUCGCAUCUCUCUGCAGCAUUUGGGGGGAUGGCUGGUGGAGCCAGGUGGGCGGAGCCUGGUGGUUCUCCACCUGGAAGAAGUGAGGUGGGAGCCGGAGCUGAGCCUCCGGUUCCAGGAGCCCCCACCAUCGCUUCAAGGAGCAGGCACCCCAGAACUGGCCCUGCUGGUGCUGUACCCCGGGCCUGGGAGAGGCGGAGUCCAGCCUGGGCAGGAGUUCCAGGUCACUGGAACCGGACUACAACCUCAGCAGAGCCUCUGUCUCUCCUUGGACACCCAGUACCUGGUCCUGGCGGUGGACGGGAUGGCUCGUGGUGGGCUCUCCCUUGCUUUGCAGCCCCGGGGUAGAGCGGGCCCCUCUCUGGCCACCCCAGAACUCCAGGCCCUGCUCUUUGGUCUGGACCACAAGUGCUUCACGAGGAUGACUCCGGUCCUACUCUUGCUGCAGGGGCACAGCGUGGGGGCCAAGCCCAACCCGAGACCUCUCCCAGCGGAGGGCCGGCUAGAUACGGCACCGUAUCCCCUGCCCAGGCCAUCCUCCCAGCCGCCUUUCACAGCAGCCUCUCCAGGUUCCACAGACCCGUUCCUGGACACCCUGACCCGCCUGGUCCGAGGAGUCCUGGGUCCUCCAGGCGCACGCCCACUGCGUCUGGCCCUGGAUCCCGAGGCCCUGGAGGCCCUCCCACAUUGGGUUUUCAACCUCUCGGACCCUGCCACCCUGGAGCGGCUGGUGGAGUCAGAGGACCCCAUGCUGCUGCUGUUUCCAGCAGGAAGCCCAGCCCUGCUGGAAGGCCUGGCAGGACGGUGGCAGACCCAGGAGGGUCCGGCCCAGCACUUGGCAGGCAAGCUGCAGGCUGUGGCAAAGGAGCUGCUGGGCCUGCCUGCCCUGCAACCCCACGCUGAGCUCCUGCACCAGCUCCUGGCCCUCUGCCCAGCCCCAACCAACAGCAGCAGCGGUGACCAGGCCGAGGGCAAGGCCCCGGCCGGCCAGCUCCGGGCCCUGCUGCUGCUGAAGGCCCUGCAGAGCCUGAAGGCUGAGUGGCGAGAGCGAAAGAAGGCCUCCCGGGCCCUCCGAAGUGCCAGGCUUGGAGGUGACAGUCCGUGCCGGCUUCAAGAGCUGAGUGUGGACCUACGGGCCGAGCGAUCUGUCCUCAUCCCCGAGACUUACAUGGCCAACAACUGCCAGGGCCCCUGCCACUGGCCCCAGUCUGACCGCAGCCCCAACUACAACAACCAUGUGGUGCUGCUGCUGAAGAUGCAGGAGAGGGGGGAACCUCUGGGUCGCUCUCCCUGCUGCGUGCCCACUGCCUAUGCUGGCAAGACUCUCAUCAGCCUCUCCGAAGAGGGCCUCAGUGCCCGCCUCAUGCCCAACAUGGUAGCUACGGAGUGUGGCUGUCGGUAGGCUCAGCGGGCCCCGUCACCCUCCCCCGUGUCCUCCCCAGCACCAGCCAAGCCCCGACAGCCUGACAUCGAUGCCUCCACAUCAUUGGCCUGUCCCAACCUAGCUCCGGCCAGGGGCCUGGACCUCCCUGCCCCCACUGCCCACACCUGACCCACUGCCCGACUGGAACCUUCCUCUGGAUUCCGGGCAGGCUGCCCCUCACCACCAUCAGUGGUGAUCCCGAUCCCCACAGUAUCCCCAAAGAUGGGGAGGUUCCCAGCAUCAUCUCAGCAGCCACUGGUUCCCUGCCUGCCCUCUCCCCUCUCCCACCUCCUUCCCUUCCCUCACAUACCUCCCCACCCUCACUGAGCCAGUGCCCAGAGGAGGCCCUGGGCAGGGAGGUGGAGUGGCAGCCAUUCAGGUCUUUCCCGUGGGCAUGGAUUGGGCAUGAGGGCAGCCCAGGGCACCAGUAUCAGUGGGGAGAGGUGGGAUUGGGCACAGAGCUGGUCAGGGCAGCACCCAAACGGGAUCUUUGUGCUCAGGAAGCAUCCGGCCCAGCCCUGGCACAGGGAGUGGCGUGGUGACUGAGGAGCCCAGAACCCUGCCCCACAUUUAUUCUGACCAACCAAAACAUUGUCCAAUAAAGCACAGAA